CGCCUGCAUUUUCAAUAAACACUGGUUAGGCAAGUUAUUGAAAAUGAACUAAAAGUCUUAAAGUUUGACUAACUUUUAGUUAAUGCUUGUUAGUAUUGUGCAUACGGGAUAUUUCGCAAUGUUCUCCUGACCUGUUCUAAAUGCCAUUGUCGCUUGAACAAUAUUGUUUUACGAAUAACGGAAAUAAUAAAGAAUUAAUAUAAACAAUAUUAGAAACGGACACUUCCAGUUAACGUCGCUGUCGCCAAAUGAAAACACGUAAAUGUAGACAAUGAGAGGUUUAAUUAUAUUGGUGUUUGUGACGCAAGUUUACUGUGAUACGCAGGCGGUUCAGCAUAGCAUGUAUAUAUCGAGAAAGUCCCGAUCAAAUUCGCCUCCAUUCGAGACUGGUUAUGUAUUUAGUAAAUCGAAUAAUGGACCUGGAACGUUCGCAGUGUUUGGCAAUAGUGGAAGUGCAUUAAGUUCGUUUUCAACCAGCGACGCUAUGGACAAACACAGGAAUCCGUCGAUCGAGUUAUCAAAAUAUUAUGAUCCACCGAUGACGAAAUAUAGCGGACUUACGGUGCCAAUUGGAUCGCAGUUCCCGGCCCCAAUAACAGAGCAUUAUAUUGAACCGGUAACCAAGUUUGAUAUCGAUUAUGAGAAGGCGAAAGCAGAAGUGAAAGUGAUGAGUGGACCUCCUGUAACCGAACCGAGUAUAGAGCCGACAACAAAAUAUGAUAUCGAUUUUGAAAAAGCGAAAUCUGAAGCGAAAAUGAUAAGCAUGUCUGCAACUGAGCCUAACAGUAUCAAACCCACUAAAUAUAAUUUUGAUUAUGAGAAAGCUAAAGCAGACGCGAUCUACGAUUCCAAGUAUAUCCCAGCAAAAAUAAAAUCGGACGCAAUGUAUGAAAGACUGAAAUCGGUUAUGUAUUACGAUCCAUCUGGAGAUAACGUAAUAAAUGAAAUUGGUUAUGAUAUUAGCAAUGAUUAUCAUAUUGAUGAUAAUGAUGUUAGAACAAGUUCCAGAAACGUCUACGAUAGCUGGCCUUAUUAUUAUCACAGUCCCUAUGAAUAUGAAAUCAUGAAGGUGGACUCUGACAUCCAAAAAGCAAAGGAUAAACGUUACGCUGUAGAUGCCCCCAAAGAUUUUAUUCCUGUUUAUGAAAGUCCUGAAUACGAUAUUCCAAAUCAAUACGGAUCUUCGCUUUCAACAGCUAGGUAUAAUCGCGAUUUAUCUACAGAUAAUCCUAUAGUGGGAAAUCGACCAUUUUUUUCUUUCGCUUUAAAUGAUUAUUAUGAUAAGCAUCAAGAUGAUGAUCACUUAGAAUUUAAAGGUUUAGAUUGGGGUAAAGAUUUUGAUGACGAAACAUUAUUUCCAGAUAUAGAUGAAUAUGUGAAAAGAAAUAGACGCUUAGAAAAUAGUAAUCAAGCUACAAUACACCCUGCAUAUAUUCAAACUAAUCACAUAGAAAAUGAAGGUACAGCACAACGAGGAAAAUCUUCUACUGAAAAAGGUUAUACAAAAAAACAUAAAUUCGAUAAAAGCGAUAAAGGUGAAAACUCAAACGAACAUCAUAAAAAAGGAUAUGAAAAAUCUAACCAUAAUUACAGGGGUUUUAAAGAUUUCAUUGAUACAUUUGCAAACAGGUUCGGUGCUGAGGAUCAUAAAAAGGAUGCCAAUUAUAUAAUUAAAAAGGAUCAAGAUAAAGGAGAGAAUAGAAAAGGAUUCCGUAGAAUAUAUCAUAAAGACGAAUAUCAGGAGGAUAAUGAAUUUUUUGAUAACAACAGAAAUAGUGCACAUGCUGAUGAAAAAGGUAGUUCUACUCUUCAUAAUGGUGGAUCUGAAGCCCUUUUGCAAUCUCAUGCUGCAGCAGCAAUAGGUAACGAAGCAUCUGCGUCUCAAAAAGCUGGCAAUACUGAAAAUAAAAAGUUUGCAAACAGUCAUAAAGGGCAUGACUUCAGAAAUGGAUAUGACAGUAACUUCAAUAGGUACAGAGACGUAGCCAAGAAAGCAGCUCAAAGUAACAGUGCUGACUACAGUGAUAAUUUUAGGGUAUAAUAAAAGUAGACCUCUUUGGACCAUUUAUAAAGUGAUCAUUUUUAUUUAAUCCGAGUCAUGUUUAGCUUUAGCCUAAUAAUUAUUUAAAUAAGUGCCUACAAUGUUAUAUGGGUAUUAAAAUUAUAU